AUGAUGGAGAAUGCGGAACGGGACAAUAUCGAUACUGCGAUAUGUCACGUUAUAAAAGGACGCACCAUUCUAUAUUUAGCGAAAAGUCUCGCCAGAGGAGGAAUGCGCGCUUCUAACUCCACACGCUCCAAAACAUUGGAAAUAGAGUGCGCUUUAGCGCUUGAUCUAUCUGAGAUGGUAUUGAAGAUGCAUGUUGCUCGUAGAUACCUCGCGCGGUUUCGAGUACCUGAGUACCUGAUAUUAUUAAACUAUGUAAACCAAAAGAGGGUCCUCUAG